GAGAUCACAGACUCGUCAGAUUCAUGCUGCACCACCUCACACGUGUAUCUGUUUAUUACCCUCACUCUCUGUGCAAGCGGAUAUCUAAACACAUCUAUCCCUGAGAGAUAGAGAGACGAGACGCUGAAAGCCAAGAGAAACCUAAACAGCAUCACAGAUCUGCUCUGUGAGAGGAUGGCUGGGCUCAAGGAGCUACGAUUCACUGAGGAGAAGCCCCUUCUGCGAGGCCAGGACACUGAGAUGGAAAACUGUGAUGCUUUCCUCCCAGUUGUGGACACAGCCUGGAAGGAACACGAUAUUGAGACCCCCUACGGGCUGCUCCACGUUGUGAUCAGAGGGACUCCGAAAGGAAACCGCCCCGCUAUCUUGACCUACCACGAUGUGGGCCUCAAUCAUAAGCUGUGCUUCAACACGUUCUUUAACUUCGAGGACAUGCAGGAGAUCACCAAGCACUUUGUGGUGUGCCAUGUGGAUGCACCCGGACAGCAGACUGGAGCUUCACAGUUCCCACAGGGAUACCAGUAUCCAACCAUGGACCAGCUGGCUGCUAUGCUGCCCAGUGUAGUUCAGCACUUUGGGUUUAAGAGCAUCGUUGGAAUCGGGGUUGGAGCUGGGGCCUAUGUCUUGGCUAACUUUGCUCUGAUUUUCCCUGAACUGGUGGAGGGUCUGGUCCUAUUAAACAUUGACCCCAAUGGCAAGGGCUGGAUCGACUGGGCAGCUACAAAGCUGUCUGGAUUGACCAGUGCUCUUCCUGAAACUGUCCUGACCCACCUCUUUAGCCAGGAGGAGCUGAUGAACAACACAGAGCUGGUGCAGAGCUACAGGCAGCAGAUUGGGACCAGUGUUAACCAGUUCAACCUGCAGCUCUUCUGGAACAUGUACAAUGGUCGCAGAGACCUAGAAAUGAGUAGGCCCGGGACGGUUCUUAAUGCUAAAACCCUGAGGUGCCCAGCAAUGCUGGUUGUUGGAGACAAUGCCCCUGCUGAAGAAGGAGUGGUUGAAUGCAACUCCAAGUUGGACCCAACCAAGACCACCUUCCUCAAGAUGGCAGAUUCUGGUGGACUCCCCCAGCUGACACAGCCUGGAAAACUCACUGAAGCCUUCAAAUAUUACCUUCAGGGAAUGGGAUACAUUGCGUAUCUAAAGGAUCGAAGGUUGAGUGGAGGAGCAGUGCCAUCGGCCAGCAUGACCCGCCUGGCACGCUCUCGAACUGCCUCUCUGACCAGCGCCAGCUCCGUGGAUGGCAGUCGCCCGCACACCUGCACUCACUCGGACAGCAGUGACGGCAUGGGCCAGAUCAACCACACCAUGGAAGUGUCCUGCUGAGGGAGAGGGGGAGAGAGACAGAGAGGCAAAGAAGAAAGACGCCGACCUCCAAUCGGCACACGUGUGGAGUCGCUUUAUCUGAACGCCCCCCCCCCCCACCCACUACCCACUACCCCCUAGCUCUAUAACUAACGCGAACAAGAAUGUUGUUCCUUGAAUUUUAAAAACAAAUAACAGUAGCCAUUGUUCUAGCUGGUUUUGUGUGGCGAUUUGUGUGCAUUUCGUAGAACCCUUCUUCCCUUUCUGAACCUUUCAUUCCUGUGUUUCAUUAUACAAAAUAUAUACCUUUUAAAUACAUACAUAUAAAGUAGACAAUAAAGGGGGACUCUAAAGCGUGGAAUAAGAACUCUUUAAGUAUUUAAAAUGUUAAAAGGAGAUAGUAGUUUAGAAUCACAAAUCAAUGAAAUACCAGUCAGAGUGGGUCAAGCUUCUUGGCAACAUUAAAAGUCAUUGUUCUUUAAAGUGAUCUGUUUAAAAAUGCCUUUUAAUUAGUUUAUGAACACCUAUAUUAUAUUGACAACUUUGAUGACCAUAAUCCGGCCUCAGAAAGACAAAGCAGACCCCUUUUAUUGAACAAUGUUAGCUCUGGUGUGCCUGCGAAAACCAUCCUUGCGUCUUCUCCCAAAGCUCCUGGUGCAACGUAUCUGUUUGGGUGCCAUUAAACCAAUGUAGGGGUGGAGUAAUGAAGCUGGUACUAUAGUGCAUACCCGAUGGACUUACAAGUCAUUACAAUCAAAAGAAAUUAGUUGAUUUCAGUAGACAUUUCAACAUACCGUAAGAUCAAAAGAAGAAUGGGAGUAAUUUGCAGAUUUACAAUAAUUACGUUUGCUGCAAACAGUCCUUUAAUUACCAGUUAUCAAUUAUACUCAAUUAUAAAUGCAGACCAAAAACACACUUCUAAAAGGAGAAUGUAGACUCUACCCAGAUUGGUUUCUACAAAUUACAUCUUCGACUAGAAUGUCUAUCAGUUUGAGAGACACAUGCUUUUGUGCACUCAGAACUGGAAAACAGAUUCACAGUAAGAUGAGACUUCAAAGUGAAAUAAAAUAAAUAACUUUUUUGUUAACUUAAAAUACAAAAAAAGAAACAUCUUCUGUGCCUUUAUUUCCAACACCUCAUCCUUACAGAUAUUCAACAGCCUGAUUCCCUUACCUGGAUCUGCUUCCUACUAUAGACUUGUGUUUCUCUCUGAAUUACACAGACUGAACUGGAUUGUCAGACUCACACUUCGGGCACUAUGUGUUAUAUACUAGAGUUGAAUUCACUAUAAGUUAUGUGUACUGACAUAUGCUAAGAUUACAUAACAAACAAACAAGCAGGGGUUCAAAUCUAAAUAAUUGGGCAUUUUUCAUGUGGACUGUCAAAUUUCCACAUUAACAUCAAUAUAAUAUAAAGAUGAGAUAGAAUAUCACAUUAAACCUACAUUAGUAAUAGUCAGUACUGAAAUAGUCAUUGAUUAUGCCAGUUUGAUACUUGCGUUUCCUUUUAGAAGUGUGUUUAUCAAUCCAUUUGUGGAUUUCAGUCUACCUGUCAGCCAAUUAAAAUCCAGAUGUGUCAGUUCCCCAGUGAUCAGCUUUAAGUGUUUUCUUGAAUGACAAUCACAUUAACAAUAUACCAAAACAGACCUUGAAGCUGUGGUAACACAGAAUAUCAGCUCAACCACUUUUAAACGCUGCUAGUUCUGGUUAUCUGCAAUGGGAGGAUCAAUUAACUACUACUAUCUAUAAGGGGUGGGGCUGUUAGAGUCUUCAGUGCUUAUUCUGGAAUGCAGGGCAUACCCCACAACUUGUGUGCCCCACUCCUUAGAGAUAUUAUAAAUGAGCUAUUUUUGUUACCCUAGGGCUGCAGUGCAGGUAGAACCCCCAAAUGAAACACGAAUUAGAGAGCUAUGGCACCCUGCUCCAAGGGCAUCUGUUUACCCUAUAUAGCAGGAGGACUUGGGAGGAAGAGGGACCUCAGGACUCCCAUGGGUGAUUUAUUAUUUUAUUUCUUCUAACCAAAAAGAACAUUUUAUUUCUGCAGACUCUUCUACACGUAAAUUAACAGGCCCCACCCCCUCCUCUUUUUAAAGCCAUUUUGCCAGUGAAACCAUGAACCAUGCCUUGUUGAAACACAAAAUACUUGAGGUUCCAAUACCUAUCUACAGUACAUGCCUACUUACCUCCCUGCCAGCCCACACACCUAAAGCUACACUUAGACAGCAUUUAUAUUGCACGAGCUACGCCUAUCUGAGAAUGCUAGUCAUUUAAGCUUUUUUGUUCCUGCAGAACAUGCUCUUUAUUUUCUGUGUCAUCUGUUUUCUCUCGACUUUCAUCAUGCCAACACCAGCCUAGUAUUGUAAUGCAAUAGGAAAAACUUUUAAAAAUUGUCAUUUCUUUUGCACAAAGAAUUACGGCAUACAAUCAGUCAGAGAUGUCAUGAUAUUAAAAAUCAUCAUCAGAUACAGGGCUUGAAAUGUUAAUUCUCACACAAUUUUAAAAAUAAUAAGGCGUUAUAAAAUCAAUACUAUAACCUAGCGGUUAGAACUGAGGGACUCAGUAGCAGCCUCCUUACCAUCCCAUACAUCAAGAUAUUCCUGUUCUGAUUGGCCCAAACUGAGUCCCACUGCAUGAGCCUUUCACACAGCAUCCUCAAACCAAUAAAGUACAUCACAGUCUACCACCAUCCAAUCUUCUGCUUUAUAAUGGAAUAGAAUAUUAAUGUGCACAUAGAAUGCACUGUGACAUCUCUGUAAACAGUUGUUGAAACAAUGUUCAGUGUCUUCAGGUGCAGUAAAAGCCCUUCAGUGUGCUUCCCCCACAUAUUUGGUGUACAUCCUACUAAGCUUUAGCACUGUAGAUAAUUUGCGUUUUUAGAGUGACUAUGAAAUAUGUAUUCAAUACUUGCCUAGUAUUGUGGUGAAUACUGUUUUUUCCCCUUUUUUAUGAUAAAAGUGUUCUCCUGUGGUGUAGUUGUUCCGGUGAGUAAUUAUUUUUGUAUUCAGCAAUAAGUUGUUUUGUUCUCUUGCUGUCUUGUGGGUGCUGCUUGGAGAGGAAUCUUACCCACAGCAUUUAGGUACCACAGUAAAUUGCUUAUGAUUCUGAAGUAUUAUAUAAACAGUGUCACUGUUGAUGUAACAAAAUAUAAUGUGUGGUUCAACAAUAAAGAGGUUUAUCUCAGCAA